AUUAUUAAUUUUUUAAUAAUUCUUUUUCAUCACUUUCAGCUUCAUUUGCUCACUUGUGCAGAUCACCAUAGUGGGAUGAAGCCUGAAGAAGAUGCUAAAAGUAGAAAGAACAUGAGUUGACACUCACUCCGGAUCAGUAAGUUGAUUCCUUCAUUUUGGAUCUGUAACCUUGUUUUUGGGUCUUCAGAAGAAAAUCUAGUAUGGAUCUUUUUCAAGGACUCUGGCGACGCAUAUUUGGUUCCCAAGACGAACGUCGUGAUGAUCAUAAUGUUCGGAACAGAAAUCCGGUGUACAAAAAUCAUCUAGUGAAUACAACCCCACCAAAUUUUCCAAGCUCACGGGUGAUUCUGGUGACUCGGGUGACGCGGAGUGCUCCAUUUGAUCAACCAAAUGUCGGCGAUUCAUCGACAACCAAUCCACAACAUAUUCAGGAGUUAUUGGAAAGAAGUAACGAAGUUCAUCAGAGUUCAACAAGUUCUAGACCAUUUCAAUCUUCAUAUAAACCAUCCCAUGGCCAAUCUUCUUCUAGUCCAUCUCCUUCGUCCCCUAAUUCGGCAACAUCUUCAUCUAAACCACCUCCAUCUUUCCCCAAACCACAUCAAUCUGCAUCAAAACCGUCUCCAUCUUCAUCUUCCCUUAAAGACCCAACAUAUCCUUCUAAAUCGUCUGCAUCUGCAUCUUCAUCUGAUCUGCCUGAUCUGCCUCCCUCUUCUUUUAGUCCAUCUUCUAAAUCAUCUGUAUCUUCCCCCAACAACCCUAAACCCCCUCCAGAUUCUUCUCCAACUUACUCUAAACCUCCUCAAUCUUCACCUUCACUAGCCCCAUCAUCAUCUAAGCCACUCCGAUCAUCCCCGAAGCCCGCCGCCCCAUCUUCAUCCCAGAAACCCGCAUCUUCUCAUAAACCAUCUCUAUCUUCGCUGAAAGGUACAUCACCUAUAUAUGCAAUUCCUGAGGAUAUCAAAGGUCUAAUCGAGAGAGGCAUCGUGCCUACAGUUCUAAAGCAGCCUUUGUCUUCUUUUAAUUAUAAGCGCUACUUUGCUGCUCUGUUAUAUGCUGAGGAUUACUACUUGGAGAAAUGGAGUAAUUUCCCAUUGAAGAACGUGAUUUUGGAGUUGGAUGAAGCAGAAAAUAAAAAAAGGUCAAACAAGUACAAAAAGUAUGAUGGAAGUGUUAAGAAGGAUGAUAAAAUCUUUGUGGCAUUUGAGUUUGAUUCUGCUCCUGAGAAGCGGCCAUUCCUUUUAUCAAGGGACUUGGUCUAUGCACGACCUUCGGGUAAAAAAGUCAAGCCGUUUCAGGGUUUUAUCCAUCGCGUGGCGAAGAGCACCCGUGUACUAGUCAAAUUUGGAGAUGAUUUCCAUUCACAGCAUUCUUCGACCUGCAAAUAUGACAUCAGCUUCUCAUUCAACAAAGACUGUCUAAAAAGGGCUCGCCAAGCAAUUGAAGCUGCAUCAGAUCCUUUGUUCCAGAACUUCCUCUUUCCUGAAUGCACUGACCGAAAGAACACCCCACCUGCUCAGUUUCCUGACUAUCAGGAACUUGGUAUAGAUGAGUUUGCUGCCGUUCAUCACAUUUUAAGCUUUCACGGCUCACCACCUUAUCUUCUUGGGGGCUCACUCAGUGUAACUAAAGCGGAUAAGUCUGCAACUAAAGAAGCAAAACUAUCAAGAACUGGAGUGGUUGUUCGAGAAGCAGUAUUUGAAGCAUAUAAAACCUCCCCAAAUAAUCGAAUUCUUGUAUGUGCUCCUAUAAACAGAACAUGUGACGUGCUGAACAGAAGUCUGAAGGAGAAGAUCCCAGAAUCGGAUAUGUUUCGAGCCAACGCUGCAUUUCGAGAGAUAGAUGGGGUUCCUAUUGACAUUCUUAGCUCAUGUCCAAUAGAAGGGGAAUGUUUUGCUUAUCCUUCCGUCCAACAACUUCUGAAAGUCAGGAUAAUUCUCUCAACUUUUGUGAGUAGCUUUCGAUUGCACAAUGAAGGCAUAGCUGCUGGACAUUUUAGCCAUAUUUUUCUAGUGGAUGCCUCAUCAGCCACGGAGCCGGAGGCAAUGGUAGCUUUGGCUAACUUUGCUAAUGAUAAUACAUCAGUUAUAGUUACUGGUGCACCCGGGGACCAUUCAGGUUGGGUCCGCUCUGACGUGGGUAGGAAAUAUGGAUUGAGGAAAUCAUAUUUUGAAAGACUUCUUGAACUCGGGCCAUAUAGGAUCCCCAACAAUCCAAUGUUCAUCGCAAAGCUGGAUGCCUUUGACCGAUAGUACCUCUCUGUCACUCACUUGAAUCUCUACUGUUUUUGUGUGAACAGAAAUAUGCACUUGUGUACAUGCUCUCAUCUUACUAGGCUUUUCUAUUUGUGUGUCUUGUUUCUGCAUCGUCAUCUAAACUGUAUAUGUACAUUCUCCCAUCGAAUGCUCUCUCUCUUCCCAUGAACUUGUGUUUUUGGAUGACUCAUCAGAUUCAUCUAAUGUAUUAUUUACAAGCAAUAUCCGAUUCCUGGGAUUAUUGUGUUACUUCA